AUGCGCAGACUCUUUCGCGACGCUUCGUCGCUCGAACGCGACGCACGGGCGGAGAGAGACUUUAAUCAUCAGCUCGUGGACCAACUGCGCCUCGAGUUGGAGAACGCCGUGCACGCUCGAGACGUCGCGCUUCGGGCGUUGGCGUCGCGGGAGGGCGACGUGCGAUCGCCGAUCGAUGCAUCUGCGCGCGAGCGAGCGAGCGAGCGAGCGAUAUCGUCGAAGGAGACGUCGACGCGGGUGGCGGAGCCGAGCGGUUCGGGCGACGCGGCGACACGAAAGGCGCUGGAGGAAUGUGAAGGCGAACGCGUGAGAUUGGUGGAGGAGCUGGAAGAGAUGCGCGAGCAACUGAGGGCAUCGACGGCGAGCGCGCAUAGGGCGAACGCGGAGACGAACGCGAUGGCGCAUCAGAGUCGCGGCGCGGUGGAGCGCGAGCGGAAGCGCGCCGACGCUGCGGAGGCGCGCGUGCGAGCGCUCGAGCUCGCGGCGGCUGAGAUGCAGGUCGAUAGGGAAGAUACAUAUCGUCAAGCCGAAGACGAGGCGAAGAGGCGCGCGAAAGAGCUGGAGGAUGCGCUCGAAACGGCGGCGACGGAGAUUGAGGCACUCAAAUCGACGAACGAAGUCUUGAGCGAACGCGUCAACGCGCUCACGGAGAGACUCCAGGCGAAAGACGAUAUGGAUCAACCAGAGACGAGUAAACGAUCCUACGCCGACGAGGCGGUAGUCGAGCUCCGUCGCGCGGCGCUCGGGGCCAAGGCGUUGGCGAACGCGUAUCACGCGCGCUUAUUCCCUGAGGGCGAUCCCGAGCGCGGAAAGGGACGAGUUUUGAUAAUAGUGCACGCCUCGCUCGAGGGACAUCCGUACUUGUCGGCAAGUCGAGACGUCACGGAAGCCGUGCGAGCGCGCGUGCGAGCGCACGACGGCAAGAGACUGGUGAUAUUGGUGAGCGAAGAUAUUUCAGAGCUCGUUCCGGAUGAGGCGACGACUCUCGAGACAAGAUUUGAGACUCGUGAAGUGCAGGAAACUCGACGACCGGCCAUCUUGCGUGUCACCUACGCUUUCGAUGCAAUGGACGAUGCGACCGGAAUCGCGAUCAAGGGCGAUGAGAGAUCGGUGGAGAUUCCCAUCGGCGCCGCAGGAACGCCGCACGCCUUUGCGAUGCAGAGCCUGUGGAUUGAGUCUGUUCCAUCGUCCGUCGAGGACGCGCUCAAGGCGGCGUACGCGCGAUUGCGAGACGCCGAAACUACAGCGAGCUCGGCGAAGGUGAAAGCGAUAGAGCUGUACGGUCAGAUACUUCGCGACAGGCAGCGCGCCGGAUCAAGCGCCCGGGCGCGGUCGCUCGAGCGACGAGAAUUGGAGCUCGAACAGCGCGAGGCGCAGCUCGCGGUGGAGGUCGCCGAGAUAGAGAUCGCCGUCACGCGAGCACGCGAAGAGGCCGAGGCCGUUCGUCGCGAGUCCCACCGCCUCGUCGCCGACGCCAACGCGCAGAUACGCGCCAAGGAUGAUGAAAUCGAGCGUCUUCGAGCGGUGGAGACGUCCUCGCGCAGAGCGCGCGUUCGCUCCAAAUCGUGGCAGCUCUCCGAGUCCAACCGCCCUGACCGUCGCUCGUCACCCGCGAAGACGCUCGCGAGCGCCGAGGCUCGGCUGGCCAGGAUCACCGCGCGCGCGCGCUCCGUCGCGGACGCGGCGUAG